AUGGAUGAGGGUACUUAUAAGAUGAACCUUGAACGAGAGGCAUCUGGGAACAAAGAGAGGUUAGGAUACCCUACAGGUUCUGUGGUACAGGGUCCAGAGCCAACAGCUGUUCCUGGGGAACUGCCUGAAGGACCUCAGUCUGCUUGUGCUGGCUUAAGGCUUAAUUGGACUCACCCGACCCCUCUCAACCUGAAGGACAGAUCAGAGGGACUUAGCACUGAAAGCAAGGGUCAGCAUACAGUAUACUUCAUGCUAGCGGGUCACAAGUUCUUGAUCUUUGGAGGCUCCAUCUUCCAGGUACCCAGGGAGUACCGGAAGGAUCGUUUGCUGAAGCUUCAGGCCUGUGGCUUCAACACCAUCACCAUCUACAUUCCAUGAAACCUCCAUGAACAAGAGAGAGGCAGAUUUGACUUCUCUGAUAACUUGGACCUGGAGGCCUAUGUCUGGCAGGCUGCAACGAUUGGGUUGUGGGUGAUUCUGCGACCAGGGCCCUACAUCUCUGCUGAGGUUGACCUUGGAGGCUUGCCCGGCUGGCUUCUUUGAGAUCCUAAGACACAACUAAGAACAACUGAUAAGGGCUUUGUUGAGGCCGUUGAUAAGUACUUUGAUCACCUGAUUCCCAGAAUAUGUCCUCUCCAGUUCCACCAUGGUGGCCCUGUCAUUGCCCUGCAAGUAGAGAAUGAAUAUGGAGCAUUUAAUAAGGAUCAGUACUACAUGGCUUAUAUUAAAGAGGCUCUGGUGAAAAGAGGGAUUGUAGAGAUGCUCUUUACCUCAGAUGAUAAGAAUGAAAUUAGAAGUGGCUUCAUCAAAGGAGCAUUGGCCACUGUCAAUCUGAAAUCAUUUCAGAAGGAUUCCUUUACUCAGCUUUAUCAAGUGCAGAAGAAUAAACCCAUUAUGAUUAUGGAAUACUGGACUGGAUGGUUUGACACAUGGGGGAGUCAACACAAAGUUAAAAGUGCAAAGGAAAUUAAAAAUACUGUGUCUACAUUUAUCAGAUAUGAGAUCUCCUUCAACACAUAUAUGUUCCACGGUGGAACCAACUUUGGUUUCAUAAAUGGAGCCCUGAACUAUGAGAGUCAUGUUGGCGUUGUGACUAGCUAUGGGUCUCAGGAAGAAGGAUCAUGGCUUCUUACUUUGCUUUCUGUUCUUGUCAUGUCUCCCUCAUUGCCUGUCAUGUCACAUACCACACUCACCAUGGAAAAUCUUCCGAUAAACAAUGACAGUGGCCAGCCAUUUGGGUUGGUCCUCUAUGAGACUUCCAUCUGCUCUGGAGGCCUUCUCCAUACCUCAGUUCAAGAUCUGGCACAGGUGUUUUUGAAUGAUAAAAGUAUAGGAGUUCUGCAUAGAUAUCUUCAGUACCUGAGUGUUCCUGAAUUCCAGCUAAAUAAUUCUAGAGUCCAGAAGUGUAAACUGCUGAGGAUCCUGGUUGAGAAUCAAGGUCGAGUCAAUUUCUCAUGGAAAAUUCAAGAUGAGUGGAAAGGAUUAACUGGAUCUUUUUGCAUCAAUAAUGUUUCCCUCAGUGAUUUCACCGUCUAUUCUCUGGACAUGAAGUUGAGCUUCUUCAAGAGGUAUGCUCUGCUUUGCCCCUGGAAGCCUAUCCCAAUGGACCAUACAGGUCCUGCCUUCUAUAGGGGAAUCUUGAAGGUUAACUCUCCUCCCAAGGACACUUUCUUGAACCUGCCAGGCUGGCAGUACGGGCUCGUGUUCAUUAAUGGUCGUAAUCUUGGAAGGCAUCAGGAUAUUGGGCCUCAGAAAACACUGUACCUUCCUGGUGUCUGGCUUCAUCCAGAAGACAGUGAGAUCAUUCUGUUUGAGAAGAUACGUGGUGGUUCCUAUAUUGAAACUACAGACAAGCCUAUGCUGUGA